AUGAACACGACAGCCGCCGCCCCCGCACCUCCGCUCUUUCCUAUGGCUGUGUCAAGUGCGGGACCCGCCUGGCAUCUGCCGCACUUCUCUCCCAGCACCACCGCCCACGUCAAGCAAGAGCCUUCUGAUGGCGAGGCCGCGGAUCGGCACGACGACUCCGGCAUCUCGCCCGGGCGCAGCGCCAGUGCCAGUGGCAGCAGCGGCGGGCCUUCGCCAGAGCGCGAGGAUCCCGGACCCUCGCAACAUCACCACUACUUCCAGCACCAGCAACAGCUGCUGUCGUCUCCGCCACCAAACCCGAACGGCCACUACUUGGAGCGGCUGGACAAUACGCCGUCCCAGACACAGCACAACGCUUACUACUAUAAUCACCACCACCACCAGCAGCAGAAUGGCCGCGGACAACCCCUGCCGCAGGAGCCAUACUACCAGCAGCAGCAACAGCUGCUUCAGCAGCAGCAGCAGCAGCAGCAACAACAACAACAACAACAACAACAACAACAACAACAACAGCAGCAGCAGGAACAGCAGGAGCAGCAGGAACAAUCAGACAGUUCUGCACAAUUCCAUCUUGGCAGCCCCGCACGCGAGCCGCUGGCACGGGCCGUCCCGCAGUCUCCGCAACUGCGGACGCCGCCGCCAGCGGGCAGCGCGCAGACCAAGCAGGAGCCGGCCAGCCCGCUGGAAGGCAGCUCGUCGCCUGGCCAGCCGCCGCAAGCGUCCUGCGCCGCCUCGCAGGCUGACGAAAACUCGUCUAGCUCGUCACACUACUCCACGGAAGGCGAGGGCGCCCUGCGGCGACUGCAGGCGGCUGUCGAGACGAUGGGAAUGGUCAACGGCAGCGCAGACGGCGGCACCACCUACGAAUGUCCCGUCUGCACCGUGCGCACCCAAGACAAGGAGCAGUUCCAAGCUCACCUGGGAACGCACUACGAGCCGCGGUGUCCUUCCUGCGAUCACGUGGCGUCCACUGUAGAGAAUCUACGCGCACACAUGCGUGAGGCGCACGCGCUGUCGCCGCCGCAAGAUGACCCAGCUGAGACCAAAAUAAAUUCCCAGGGCCGCGUGAAGACUUUCCGGUGCAAGCAGUGUGGCUUCGUGGCUGUGACGAAACUGGAGUUCUGGAAGCACUCUCGCUUGCACAUCAAAGCGGAGAAGCUGUUGACGUGCAACCGGUGCCCCUUCGUGACCGAGUACAAGCACCACCUCGAGUACCACCUGCGCAACCACUCGGGCUGGAAGCCAUUCCACUGCGACAAGUGUGACUACCAGUGCGUCAACAAGUCGAUGCUCAACUCGCAUCUCAAGUCGCACUCCAACAUAUACCAGUACCGGUGCGCCGACUGCACCUACGCCACCAAGUACUGCCACUCUCUGAAGCUGCACCUGCGCAAGUACCACCACACGCCGGACGUGGUGCUCAACCCGGACGGCUCGCCCAACCCGCUGCCCAUCAUAGACGUUUACGGCACGCGGCGCGGACCGAAACAGCGGCCUCGCACCACCACGCCGAAAAAGAAGUUUGCGGCCACGCCGCCGUCGGCAUCUGCGCCCUCUCCGGCGCCUCCGCAGCCGCAAGCAGCCGUCCAACCGCGGCAGCCGCUGCCCCCGCCGCCAGCGCCUCGCGCUGCCGCGCCGCCCCAGGGUGCGGCUGCACUGCCGCCGUUCGCGCCCGCAGCCUUCGCGCCGUUGGUGCGGCCGGGAGGAGCCGUCUUCCCGUUCGGCAACGUGGGCCUCGUGCCGUCUAUGCCGGCCUUCCCGUACAACCCGGUGCCGCACAACGCGUCCGACGCCGCCGGCUACGACGCCUACUACGCCGCGGCGCACAGCAGCGGCUUCCCGUUCUUCGUCAACAAUAACAACGAUAACGAGAGCCCUCAGGACGCAGAGGCCAAGAUGCAGGACUACAUGGCGCGCAUUCUCGUGGCUACGCAGCUGCAGGUUCCCAACGUGCCGCUGCCGCAGGCCAGUACUCCGCUGCCGGACCCGCUGGAUCUGACAAAGCCAGAGUCUCCCUCGCCGGCAGCUGUCAGAUCGCCGACACCUACGCCGUCUACGUCGACGGCUGUCUCUGCCCUGCCACUCGAGGAUGAGCCGAUGCCGGUGCCCGUCCCGGCGGCUCCUUCCGCGACCAAGCACCGCCGGAAGGGCAAGGCUUACAAACUGGAGCGCAUUGCCAUGAAGCUGCAGUACCACGCGGAUGACGACAGCGCAGAGGACGAGCCAGAACGGAAGCUGUUGAAGGCGGAACUCCCACUCGAUCCCGAGCCAGAGAAGGAACCGCAGCCCUCGAGCGACCGUCCAGAUUCUUCGGAGGCAGAGGCGGACGACGGAGAAGACAGUUCGGAAGCUCAGCGUGACUUCUUCUGCGAGCACUGCGAAAUCACUUUCCGCGACGUCAUCAUGUACUCUUUGCACAAGGGCUACCACGGCCUCAAAAACCCUUUCACCUGCAACGCCUGCGGUAAGGAGACUGCAGACCGUGUCGAGUUCUUUGUUCACAUUGCUCGCUCGCCCCAUUCCUAAACGCUAGUGUCCAGCAAAACAGCACCGUGAAAUCAUAUUCGACCAUUAGCAAGUGCUGUACACCUUCUAAUACAGACACCUCCGUAGCGGCAUAAUCGGACCAAUUAGCUUAGCUAUAAACAGUGCAAGCAGUUAGUGCUCAUAUAUACAGCACUCCGAGGAUAUACUUAAAUAUGUGCGCCAUGCUGCGGGCACUCCCUAAUGUAAGAUACCUACGCUAAGACUGAAUGGACAAUGGACAAGAACAGUGCCUUUAUGUCUAUAAUGAACAUUGCUCAAUUAUUUUGAAAUACGUCUAGUCAUUCCAUUUUUGAGUUACCAACCAGAUAUAGCUUCGAAUGCAUCUGACGUUGAUCGACUGUCGAUUGGCUCUUUAGUCAGCAUGGAAAGCAAUUUAAAUGAGUGCAAUUUAUUAUAUUUUUUAUUAUUUUAGAUAGUUUUUUGAUACAGUCAAAUAUAAUUUUGUUAUGUAUAAUAGACGUAUUUUCAGCAGCUGCAACAGUUUGUCAGGUCAGUGACCUAAGGAUUUGUCUCCCUCCUUGAACGAUAUUGACACUAAAUGCACCAAAGAGAGAACUUUCACUAUGUAAUAAGAGUGCUGCAGACGAAGCGGUCUAGAUUUAAGAUUAAUCAGCUGAAAGACGACGAAUAUUAUCAGUUUCUCAGUGUUCCAAAACUGUAAAAUGCAUAUCACUUACUCUGAUUGUUAAUGGGAACAAAGUCACUUUGUAGUUGACAGAAUUUUUUUUCAAGUUUUAUUUCGUUUGGAGAAACCAGACUUAAAAUUUAUAAGAAUGAGAAGUCUAAGCAAUAACUAGAUAAAUGAGCACGUAGUUUUUGAAUACGUGCAAAUGUAUUUUUAAUAUUGGAGUCAAUAGAAUUUUCUGUGUUUUCAUACAAUAAGACACGCCAACUUACGAAGAGCAUGUCGGUCGGACACUGAAUAUUUUUAUAUGGCAAUGCAAAAAAUUUGAGAUGGAACAGUCACUUCUUGAAAGAUAUUAGUUGUGCUAGAGGAAGGUUCAAUUUGGCAUGCUGGUUCCACUGAGAUGUUGAUAAAGGACUGACUGAACCAAGAGGUGUAUGUACAUGUGAAACCCUAUUUUGAUAUCAAACUAGCAAUAAGCCAUAUUUUUAUAUUAAAUGUGAUAUUUAUGUUCUGUUGUAUCUCAUAAAGAUAAGAUAUUAUAAAUGUUGGUGUGUCUCUUCUAGAAUGUAUUGUGAUCUGUGUAACAAUAAAGUACAUGACAAAUGA